UGAAGAUUUGAGGACCAUAGAUGGCGUGUUGUAUAAUUCAUAUCACGAAGCGUGCUAUGCAUUGGGGCUUCUGGACGAUGAUAAAGAAUUUGUUGAUGGUUUUACUGAGGCAAGUGAUUUCGCGAUAACAUUUGCACUAAGGAUAUUGUUUGUGAUAUUGUUGUGGUCUGAAUCCAUGAGUCGUCCGUAAUUUGUUUGGGAGAAAUGUUGGAUAUACAUGGCAAAAGAUAUUCAAUACAAACUAUGUAAGAUGUAUCAACAUCCAGUUGAAACGACAUUCCAUGUAAUGAAAGAUUUGUAAUGGACAAUGAGCUAUUGCAAAUGGCGGCAUUAAUAGAGGUAGAACUGUUGUUGCAACGAAGAGGGAAAAGUCUACCUGAUUAUCCUCCGGUCAUAGAAGAGUUCCUCUAUGAUCGUCAAGAGAUGCAUAAAGAACACAAGACAUUGGUUGAAGGUUUGACAAGUGGACAAUAUAUUGUAUAUGAAAAGAUCAUGAAUUCCGUUCAAACAGAAUGUGGAGGGAAGUAUUUUGGUUAUGGAUAUGGUGAAACUGGGAAGAAGUUUGUAUGGAGAACACUAUCAGCCGCAUUGAGGUCUAAAGGGGACAUAGUAUUAUAUGUGGCAUCCAGUGGCAUUGCUUCUCUACUUCUUCUGCUUCUCUACUUCUUCCUGGAGGGGGAACUGCACACUCGCGUCAAUAAGUUUGAAUGAAGAUUCAAUUUGCAACAUAAAGCAUGGUAGUCCGCUCGCCAUCCUAAUUACUAAUUGUAAAUUGAUAAUUUGGUAUGAAGCUUCAAUGAUACACAAGUACUGUUUUGAGGCAUUGGAUAAAAGUAUUUGUGACGUUCUUAGAUUCACCAACCUAAAUAGUCUAAACUUGUCAUUUGGUGGUAAGACAAUAGUGUUGGGACGAGACGUUGUUAAUGCUACGAUGAAUAUAAUUCAUCUUAUCUAUGUGGGGAUGCACUCUUCUUAGGUCAACUAAGAACAUGAGGCUGCAAAGUGUCAAUAGCCC